AUGCUGGCGUGGGCAAAGGUUGCUGCACUGGGAGACGUCGCAAAGGUGCGGAUGGUAGAUGGGAUGGCGAGACGGCUGAGUGCGAUGGUGUUGGUGAACGGCUUGGAUCGUAUCAAGGGCGAUGAUAGCGCCGGCAGACGUAGCAUGAACUUGCGAUGGAGGGUGAUCUUUGAAGUCGUGAUCGAGUCCCCUCGCAACCCGGCUACUUCGGCACUCGACCGGUGGCACAAAGCUGCGCUGUCAAACGAGAACUUCUCAGGGUCCAACUUCAACACUCUCCUCAUCUCGUCCAUACGAUACCCUGCAGUCUCUCACCCUUAG